AGAAGUAAUCGGGACUGUUUCUUCCGUUGAAACGACAAGAGAAUACUAGUAACGGGACCUUUCGAACAGGACUACCCGCGCAGAACAACUACCCGUGCAUAGCUUCGUUGAGUGGACGUUUACCGACAUUUACUCGAAGAGACAUUGUGCCGAGACACGGCAGACUUUGUGUAGCUCAACUCAAGUUCUCACAUCCUUCUGACUGCAUCACAUCGAAGAAAUAUCGACAAUAACAUCAUGGCCACACCACCAAACCUCAGACAAAACAUGAAACCCAUGAAGUGGAGUGUAAUGGGGAAAACGACAACUCUCUUGACACUAGACUUGUCUAACCAAAACCUGAAACAGUUACCCGAUGAACUUUUUGAAUUAAGUGAGUUGCAGGCUUUGAAGUUAGACAGAAACAAGAACAUCCAACUGUCUGAGAAGCUCAUUAUAUUGACCAAUCUGAACUUGCUGAGUUUAGGUGAAUGUAAUCUUGACACAGUCCCCGCUGCUGUGAUGGAACUUAGACAGUUAGAAACACUGAUACUCAGUAACAACAGGAACAUCAACUUGCCGGAUAAGAUGUCCAGUCUCAUCAACCUCAAUGCCCUGUUAUUAGAUAACUGUGACCUACACUCAUUACCACCUGUAGUGCUGAAACUGUCACAUCUCCAUUCUCUGGAUCUGAGUCAUAAUAAGCAGAUUUCCCUACCAGAUGAGUUGUAUAGAUUAGAGAAUAUAAAGGCGGUGAGACUACGUGAAUGUUCCAUGGCGACUGUCCCCCCGGUAGUCCUGAAACUCACUCAGCUGGAGGAACUAGACCUCAGCUGGAACAGCGGGAUCCACCUGCCGGAUGGGCUGUCCGGACUCACCAACAUCCGGUUUUUGAAUCUAUUGAAAACAGACAUGGCCACCGUUCCUCCAGUAGUGUGGAGACUGACACAGUUAGAAUGGCUGGUCCUGAGCCAUAACCCACUACAGACGUUACCCGCGGAAGUUGGACAACUCUCUAAUGUCAAACACUUGGAUCUGUCCCACUGCCAGCUGCGCACACUCUCACCUGAAGUGGGGAGACUGACACAGUUAGAAUUUCUUGACCUGCGAUCUAACCCAGUAAAGACGUUACCCGCGGAAGUUGGACAUCUCACUGACAUCAAACACUUGAAUCUGUCCUACUGCAAGCUGCACAAACUCCCAACUGAAGUGCUUAGGCUGACGCAGUUACAAUGUCUAGACCUGCGCGGUAACCCACUGAAGAUGUUACCAGCAGAAAAAGGACGGCUCAUUGACAUCAAACGCUUGGACCUGUCUAAUAGAGGGCUGACCACACUCCCACCUGAAGUGUGGAGAAUGAUACAGUUGAAAUGGCUCAACCUGAGGUCUAACCCACUACAGACAUUACCCCCGGAAGUCGGACAGCUCACUAAUGUCAAACACUUGGAUCUGUCCCACUGCCAGCUACGCACACUCCCACCUGAAAUGGGGAGACUGACACAGUUAGAAUGGCUGGACCUGAGCGAUAACCCACUACAGACGUUACCUGCGGAAGUUGGGCAGCUCACUAAAGUUAAACACUUGGAUCUGUCCUACUGCCAGCUGCACACACUCCCACCUGAAGUGGGGAGACUGACACAGUUAGAAUGGCUGGACCUGAGCGAUAACCCACUACAGACGUUACCCGCGGAAGUUGGACAGUUCACAAACGUUAAACACUUGGAUCUGUCCUACUGCCAGCUGCACACACUCCCACCUGAAGUGGGGAGACUGACACAGUUAGAAAGGCUGGACCUGAAAUCUAACCCACUACAGACGUUACCCGCGCACGUAGAACAGCUCACUAACGUCAAACACUUGGAUCUGUCCUGGUGCCAGCUGCGCACACUCCCACCUGAAGUGGGGAGACUGACACAGUUAGAAUGGCUGGACCUUAGCUCAAACCCACUACAGACGUUACCCGCGGAAGUUGCACAGCUCACUAACGUCAAACACUUGGAUCUGUCCUACUGCCAGCUGCACACACUCCCACCUGAAGUGGGGAGACUGACACAGUUAGAAUGGCUAGACCUGCGAUCUAACCCAGUAAAGACGUUACCCGCGGAAGUUGGACAUCUCACUGACAUCAAACACUUGAAUCUGUCCUACUGCAAGCUGCACAAACUCCCAACUGAAGUGCUUAGGCUGACGCAGUUACAAUGUCUAGACCUGCGCGGUAACCCACUGAAGAUGUUACCAGCAGAAAAAGGACGGCUCAUUGACAUCAAACGCUUGGACCUGUCUAAUAGAGGGCUGACCACACUCCCACCUGAAGUGUGGAGAAUGAUACAGUUGAAAUGGCUCAACCUGAGGUCUAACCCACUACAGACAUUACCCCCGGAAGUCGGACAGCUCACUAAUGUCAAACACUUGGAUCUGUCCCACUGCCAGCUACGCACACUCCCACCUGAAAUGGGGAGACUGACACAGUUAGAAUGGCUGGACCUGAGCGAUAACCCACUACAGACGUUACCCGCGGAAGUUGGACAGUUCACUAACGUUAAACACUUGGAUCUGUCCUACUGCCAGCUGCACACACUCCCACCUGAAGUGGGGAGACUGACACAGUUAGAAAGGCUGGACCUGAAAUCUAACCCACUACAGACGUUACCCGCGCACGUAGAACAGCUCACUAACGUCAAACACUUGGAUCUGUCCUGGUGCCAGCUGCGCACACUCCCACCUGAAGUGGGGAGACUGACACAGUUAGAAUGGCUGGGCCUGGGCUCUAACCCACUACAGACGUUACCCGCGGAAGUUGGACAACUCACUAACAUUUCUUACCUAUAUGUCUAUGGAAAUCCACUUAUAAAACCACCAUCUGAAGUUUGCAUGCAGGGCAUUUCCGCUGUUAGGCAAUACUUUGACAAACUUGAACUCUCAGAGGAAACUGUAAGCGCCCGUUUGAAAGUUGCCAUAUUGGGCGAGAAAAUGGCGGGAAAAACAAGUUUGGUGCGGACACUAGGCGGGGGUAAGUCCACCUUGACAAAAAAGGGGGGAAGCACACAAUGUGUAGAGAUAACUCAGUGGGCACCUGAUGACAACAUCACGUUUGAAGUGUAUGACUUUGGCGGCCAUGACGUGUACCAUCUCACUCAUCAGUUCUUCUUGACACAAGACGCAUUGAACCUGCUGACAUUAAAUCUCGAAACUUACCGCUGUACUGAACAGAGGUACUCAGAAGCCGUGGGGUAUUGGUUGGACACACUAAACGCCCGGGUGCCGGGGUCGGUAGUUACAAUAGUUUGUACCAAGAUUGACCAGUGCACUUAUACAGAAAAGGAAGAGAAGACCAGGGAUAUUGAAAAAAGAUUUAAUUAUCAACAAGAAACCUGGGAACGGAAUAUACAGCAGCAGGUUAAGCAAUGUAGAGCGUCCAUAGAAAAAAUGAAGGAUAAAAGCGAGGACAAACUGGAUGAAUUAAAGCAGCAGUUAGAACGCACACGGGGCCUCCUGACGCGCCCGCUGCGGCUUACGGGUAUUUUCUGCGUCAGUUCAGCAAAACCAACAUCUGGAUUGGACAUUCUCAAGGGUCACAUACUGGAAUCAGCAAAUAACACAGAGUCGUUUCCAUCUCUACGAAGGAUCCUCCCGCGGACAUGGGUGGAUUUCGAAGGACAGCUUCUGAACCUUCUGGAAAAUGGAUCAUCAGCACGGAGUAAUGAUCGCGGAAACAGAUCAUCAGCACAGAGUCUAGAUAGUGAUCGCGGAAACAGAUCAUCAGCACAGAGUCUAGAUAGUGAUCGCGGAAUCAGAUCAUCAGCACAGAGUCUAGAUAGUGAUCGCGGAAACAGAUCAUCAGCACAGAGUCUAGAUAGUGAUCGCGGAUACAGAUCAUCAGCACAGAGUCUAGAUAGUGAUCGCGGAAACAGAUCAUCAGCACAGAGUCUAGAUAGUGAUCGCGGAAACAGAUCAUCAGCACAGAGUCUAGAUAGUGAUCGCGGAUACAGAUCAUCAGCACAGAGUCUAGAUAGUGAUCGUGGAUACAGAUCAUCAGCACAGAGUCUAGACAGUGAUCGUGGAUACAGAUCAUCAGCACAGAGUCUAGAUAGCGAUCAUGGAUACAGAUCAUCAGCACAGAGCCUAGGCAGUGAUCGUGGAUACAGCACAUCAGCACGUAGUAUGGCCGGUAGUUCGGACUCAGCAAGACCAAAAUGGCUUACGAGGAGAGACUGUUUGAUGCUAGGUCAGUUUGCAGGUCUCAGGGCAGAAAGACUGGAGCCAGUUCUGUCUUACCUGCAGCAGGUGGGAACCAUCCUCAGGUACCAGGGAAUACCUGAACUCAAAGAUAUGGUAUUUUACGAUCCGUCAGGUUUGAUAGAUGUAAUCAAAGAACUAUUUCAUCACGACCUGAAAGAGGUUUUCACUACCAGAAAUCCCAGUCUUAUUGGCUUCUCAGAGACGGAACUGACAAAAAUCCGGAAAAACCUGUCAAGCCGAGGCUUUUUGCCACAAGAGAUUGUUAUCGCCCUGUUGGGACCACACGCCACACCGGUAGGAAACGUGGAGGUGAUCACUAACCUGAUGGAACAUUUUGGCUUAUGCUAUACGGAACGGUCUGAGGAACAGGGAGGAGAAAUUUCAACAACAACUGGAUACUACAUCCCAUGGUAUAUACAGGAAGAAAGAGCCGAUGCUAUAAACCGGCAUGUCUCAGAGCAUGGAGAGACGGAGUAUAUAGUGGCAUGUGAGAUUACUCAUUUCUGUCCACGGGGACUGUUUGAGAGAUUGAGUGUUGUUGUAAACAAACUCAUCAAGUCCCGGCAGGACUGGAAAGACAUCGUCAUGGCCGUUAGGAAGAAGUUACCAAUUACCGUUUACCGCGAGACCACAGAUGAAGAUGUUAAAAUCGUGAUCAUGCUCACCAUUCCUGUCCAAAUGUCACAGGCAACACGCGAGGGUUGGGAUGUCAUCGGUCCUCUCAAGGAUAAGCUUCUCAAACUUCUCCUAGAGUGGCCUGGUCUACUCUACCAUCUGGUGUUGUCAGAAUCCACUCUGCAUGGAGACCACCAGACAUCGCCAGUUCCCACCAUCAUCCCCACGUUUGAAGUAAGACCAGAAGGCUGCACUGUUCAGCACGGCGAUGCGACAAUGGGGUUUCCUAAAAGCUGUAUUGUUGAGACACGUAUUAUCUCUGUGGAGAUUGAAGCUGUGCCUGUUGACGAUGACAUCCGGACCAGCUUCACGGCCAUGUCCGUCGUCCUGACUGUGGAGCAGGACUUCCCACAGCGGUUCCUCCGGCCGGUCACCGUCAGGCUGCCCUGGGUCUGGACUCAGUCCGCGGUGGGAAAGGAAACAAUAAUGGUGGUUCUACACUACUGCCGGGACCAAGGAUGGACGGUCUUCCAAACAGAUACUUACGUAGAGGAUGGUGGUGUCAUGUUUCAGACAGAUCACUUCCAAAGCUAUUGGGUUGUGGAAGUGCUACGAAACCGCGGCAAAGACCUAGUUAGCUGGGCCCAGGCGACCUGGAACUACUACAUUGCUGACAAAGUGUACGUCAUCGUCACACCUAAGGUGAACAUCCUUCCGGAGAGAACCCUGCAUCUCAUCUGCCUCUCCAAAGGGGACGACCUUCGGGACUUUUUCGAAUCUCCUGACGUCACAUUUGACUCUCAGAUAAAGCAGCGAAUCGUUCUCAAACAGGACCAGGUAGUUCAGGCCUCGUUUGCAAAACAUGAGGAAGUUGGUACUGACCCACGUGACCUCAACGAAGGCGACUUUAUCGUGCUACGUCCAUCUACAAGACGUUCUGUAAGGCUGAGAGUGAAGGACUCUGUGCCACAAAAGCCUUUUUAUGAUGGAAAAAUUCAGUUUGUAGUACGGAUGGACAUGUCUGACCAAGACGUUGGACAACAGUUCGAAACCUUUGUGCGGCUGCAGGAAGGUUUCCAGAUAGAGGAGUCUACAACACAGCGAGAAAUGGGGAUAAAGGUGACAGCUUCUACUGAAAGUGAUGAUGCCUCCAGUUGUUACGAUGCAGGUGAUGACGGUUUGCAUGACCACCAUUCAAUGGCACCAGUAGUCUUACUGAUCACCGACGAGUAUGGUAUCUCUAUGGACAGUAACUCCACGAUCAACCGCCAGGUGGCGAUACUGCUGAGCAAACACGCUGCUGUAUACUGUACAGUCCUGCAGGCAACAGAUGAGAGUAUUGAAUACGCCAAAACAGACCACACAAAACUGCUGCUUCCAGCACACGACCCUGAUGACUCUGAAGACAAAGAGAGGCCUUCUCUAGCUUGGCUGUCCAAGUAUCACCAAUUCCGCUACCCGGACCUGCCACCAGAUGUGAGCUGUAUCAUUGGUCACGUGGACACUACAGACAAGUCAGCGCAGAGGAUCAAAGAGAGCCGCUAUCCACAAGCUCAGGUCAUCCUCAUCAACCACGACAUACCGGAGGACACCGAGACGUACAUGGGCCCGGACAGAGCGAUGGGAGCAGGAAGUAGGGAGAAAGCAGUCGUGAGAAAGGCUGAGGACACUUCUGUUCUGGUUUUCUCCGUUGGACAACGCAUCUACAACCACUUUGACAACCAGUACAGACUGUUGGAAGACAUGCAGCCAGAACGGCAUCAAGUGUUCCUUCCAAAGCCAUCUACCAUCUUCGAAAACACUCAGAUGAAUCCUCCAUCUGCGGGUUCGGGUGAGCUUGUUGUUCUCUCAAUCGGUGAAGUGACGACUGUUGAGAAGCUGAAAGGUCAUGACAUCUCGGGGCGGGCCAUGGGAAUCGUCGGGGAGAAGAUUAAAAACGCCCGAUUGCGCGUGCGAGGAAUCAGCGAGGACAACUGGGACAGGAGUAAGAGUAUCCUGGAAGACAACCUUCAAAGCGGCACCGUAAAGCCUACCCUGCUGCCGUACGGAACACAGGCCGACAUUCGGGACGACAUGAAGACAGCCCACCUGGUCCUGAUGCCGUCCCGCUCCGAGCCGUUCGGACUGGUCGGUCUGGAGGCCAUCGCGGCGGGCAUCCCCGUCCUCAUCUCGGACCAGUCAGGGCUGGCAGACAUGAUCAUCCAGCUGAUUCCCGAGAAGAAAUGUCAUCCCGAUCUGAGACGCAGAAUCGUGAAGACAAGCAGGAAGGAAUCCGACCUGGAGGAAGAUGGAAGAAGGUGGGCUACAGAGAUCCUGGACACGCUGAAUAACAUCGAGUGGGAAUUCCACAAGGCGGCGGAGUUCAAAAAGGAUCUCCUUGCUUCCAAGUACUGGGAGGACUCCCACCGACGGUUCCUGCGCGCGUGUGGUAUUAUGGCUGAUCCUAGGCCUUAGUGUGGUACUAGAUGGAAGUAACCAAUCUCGGUCAGGCCAGGUUGUUACAUUGGGUACCAAAAGGACAAACAAUGAACAUUCUUAUAGUUCAGUGGUUGCGAACUAGCGCUGGCCAGCACUUACACAUCCCUGGUUCAGAGACUGUAUGUGAAUAUAUAGGGUGAAUUUAGACAGAUUAAUGUCAACGAUCUGGAAUAGUUGAAUUUUCCUUAGAUGUCAACAAAUUGAUGGACAUUCAAACGAUUUGUACAUUACUUUGGUACAAGAACUGGCCCCAGGAUGAGGAUU